AUGUCCAGCCGUGUGCGAAAACACAACGAACCGAUGAAGGCGUUCGUGCCCGUCAGCUCGCUACUGCUGCGGGGAACCGGAUCGAUUCACUGUUCGGGCGGAAGCGGAACCAGUGCCGCCGGGCAGCAAACCGACAGUCCCAGCAACGCCGGAACCGCCAGCACCGUCGGUUGUAGCGCCACCGCGUCGUACGGCACGGGAGGAAAAUCUCUCUCGGCAACUUUGUCCCCGCCCGUCCGGCACAUCUCGCCGGAGCAUGCAAUCUGCGGAAACCGAAGUCCGGGCGCGUUGACAUGCAAAGGAAAAAUCCUUAACGAAGGGUGCAUACGUCGCACGGCUUCGCUCGAUGCACUGUAUCUGCGACCAGCACCGGCCUGGAGUCUCGUGACGCCAACGCUGCUGCAGCUGGACAAGGCCACGCAAACCGAGGAAUCGUUCCUCGAAAGGACACGUGGUGCCGCCGGUGCAACGUUGUCCGCGUCGCAGGCAACCGAUGCGUUGCCCCUCUGUUCGUCCAACUCGUCGUCUCCGGUGAUCACGCGAACCGAUGCCACGACACCGACUGAUCUGAAGAUGGAGAAAGUGAUAAGACAAAGACUGCAGCGUACGCAUCGCGGUGAACAUUCCGUUAGCUCGCAGACGCUUAGCCCUAACCAUGCGAAAGCAAGCCCAGUGUCGAUACCAACACGUACCUGUCCGCCCGUACACAUACGGCCCAUGCGCAACUCCGUCGAGGGUUUGAACCAGGAGAUCGAGAAGCUGGUCCUCUACCCAGGACAGCAGCAUAGCUGCCGGGCUGAGCUCGAGAUGUACUCGCGAGGCACACCGGAAGGACACCGGGCGCCGCUGGCCGAUCUUUUCCAUGGUGCCGGCACCGUUUCACUGGUGGGUGGGUCGGGUGAUACGCGAUCGGUUAAUACGCAGACCCCGCUCGGUGACACGCUGUCAUCGGAUGACGGGAGCCAGAGUACAUCGCCGGACGAGGGCGCCGUGACGACAAGCGCGUCGCCUAGGAUCAAUAAAUUCCUUGCCCGUGAACCGCCGGAUGGUUGUGAAAAGGUUAAUUUAAAACUCACUGAAGCCGACACCAGUACAAACACGGCCUGCUUCAAACCGUGCACUACCGCAUUCCAGCUGAAGCCAUCCUUAGGAUCUGCAUUCCAGCCUCUGCAGCCGUUGCCGACGCUUAAAACGACCCCGGAAGACGAUGAUGACGGUGGCGUUGAUGAAGAAAGCACCACGGUCGAGUCGGUGGCUGCCACUUCCGCAACGGAGUAG